CCAGGGCUGCUUCCGCCCUGAGCCCACUGCCGGCCUCUUCCUUCCUCCCCCCAUCGGGAGGCGGGAGUCUCCUCUGGAAAAACACUGGGGCCUGGAGCUGCUGGGCUGGGUGCCGGGGGAAGGCCAGAUUGCAUCAGACAGCGCCCUUCCGCGUUCCGAGGAGCAGACACAGCCAGACAGGCCGGGACGGGCACCCGCAAGAGGAGACAGACACGAAGGCGCUUAGGAGAUGAGGGAGGCAGCAAGCCACCCGGACCACCUGACGGCCACCUCGCCGCAGCCCCUCGGCCCAGAGGACGAAGAAGCCAGCAUGGAUGAAUACGACCAGUACAGCCUGGAGCAUCCCUGCGUGGCCGGGGGAGGCCGGAAAGGUCGCACCAAGAGAGAAGCUGCGGCCAACACUAACCGCCCCAGCCCC